AUGGAUUUGUCAACCAACCUUUGGUCUUAUAAGGUUGGUUUGAAUGGUGAGAGGAAACGUUUAUAUGAUUCGAAAUCACAUGUCGGUGUAUCAUGGAACACUAAUUCACCCCAUAUUCCUAUUGGAAAACCUAUGACUUGGUAUAAGGCAGAGUUUAAAGCUCCUUUGGAAGAAACCCUAUUGUGGUGGACUUCCAAGGCCUGGGUAAAGGACAUGCUUGGGAAAAGUGCAACACCAAUUGUGGAAGUCCAUCGCAAAGGUGGGUACCAUGUACCAAGGUCAUUCUUGAAUGAUGACAUGAACACAUUGGUUUUAUUUGAAGAAAUAGGUGGUAAUCCUCAAAAUGUUCAGUUCCAAACUGUGACAACGGGAAUUAUUUGUGCUAAUGUACAUGAAGGUGCACAACUAGAACUAUCAUGCCAAAAUGGACAAGUAAUUUCACAAAUCCAGUUUGCUAGCUUUGGAAGUCCACAAGGUCAAUGUGGUUCUUUUAAGAAAGGCUCUUGGGAAGCUACAAAUAGUAAAUCUGUUGUGGAAGCUUCAUGCAUAGGAAAAAGUAAUUGUGGGUUUAUAGUCACAAAAGAAAUGUUUAGUGUUCCACUUGGCGUAACAAAUAGUAUAGCUAGAUUAGCAGUGCAGGUGACAUGUUAA